AUGAAGAGAAAAGCGGAUGUUGAAGUUGGGAAUAUUAUGACUGACAAGAUGGUAGUCGCUGCAUCUUCGCAAGGUGGCAAUUCGGGUGUUAUUGCGAAGAGGAAACGAAUGGGAUUAUUCGAUGACAAUGAAAGCGAGGUCCAGGCUAACAGCACCAAUGAGGUUGUUGAUGGGUUGGUUCCCCAUAUUAUUGAUGUUAGUGAUGAAGUAGAAAAUGCAAUAUUGAACUACAUUUUUCAUGAGGGACUUGAUGUAGAUGAGACGAUUGUUGAGUUUGAAAACUUUCAUGCGACAAGAAUGACAAUGAAGUCAUUGGGACCUAGACAAUGGUUGUCGAGCGAGUUAAUUAAUGUCAUUGCAUGCAUUAUUCCACACACAGAUAUGGGGAACAAUGACACAUAG